AUGGGCACAUUUGUUGCAGUCCUGCCCGACGAUCUGCUAAUGCAGGUAGCCAGGAAGAAGACUGGGAAGAAGGUCUGGGAAUCACUCAAGGCGAGGUUCGUGGGGGAGGAGCGUGUCAAGGAAGCCAGACUGCAGACGCUGAAGAGUGAAUUUGAUGCUCUCCACAUGAAGAGGAGGAGUCAAUCGAUGGCUAUGCAGGAAAGCUUACGAGCAUAUCGCUACAUCAAUGUGAUUACGGGGAUCGAACAAUUCUUUGACCUCAAGAAGAUUGCCUUUGACGAGGCGUUUGGAAGGAUGAAGGCAUUUGAAGAACGCACCAGGCAGGGAGCUAGGAGUGCGAGAUCUAACACCGAUCAGGUGUUGCUGACUCAAGCUGAGUGGGAGGCGAGGCAGAAGAGAUCCGCAAGUGAUGGUGGUAGCAGGAGUGGUAGUGGCCGUGGAAGAGGUCUUGGACAUAGUGGUGGAAGCAGUGGACGUGGCAAUAACUCUGAUGGUGGUAAGGAGGGCACGGGGAAGCAUGACAAGAGCCACAUCAAAUGCUACAAGUGCAAGAACUAUGGGCAUUAUGGCAACAGAUGUCCUGGGAAGAAAGAAGAAGAGGCACAUUACACCAAGAAAGUCAACCUUGAACCAACAGUGUUGCUAGCUAAAACGAUGGAAUCGGGAUAG